AGACCGGUAAUCGCUCCUACCUGCCCCCAAAUUUCAAAUAAUUUAAUGGACCCACGUAAAACCCUAAUAUUAUACGUCACAGCUUGCAUUAGUUGAUUAUUAUUUUUUAUAAUUACAAGUUAGUUACCACUAAACCCUCGAUGAAACCUUGGAAAUUCCAGUCUCACUAGACAAAACAAUCCAUAGAUUUGACGGAGUUUUCGAUCCGAGACGACCCAAAAUCCAUCGAUAAUUCCCACCUUAAGCUUCCUGCUCAAAACCCAGUUGCUGUAUUGCUACUAAAUCCUGAUCUUUCAACUUUGACGUUACGUUCUUUGAUCUGCAGAAACUUUCACCAGUAAUGGCAGUUUCUAGCGAUUCAAUCCUCAGAUUCCACCAGAAAAUCUUUGCAAAUCACCCAAUUCUUGAAUUAGAGAAUGGUGUUUCUAGAAUAGCUGUGGGUGCUGGUGGGGUUUCUUGCAGUACAAGGAAACUUAGAAGUAAGGCCAGGAUUGGAGCGAAAGCAGUGGCAGAGGCUCGUGUUAAGGGGUUAGAGAGUUUUAAGGUGAAUUUGGACUUGGGAUUGGAUGCUGUGGCCGAGAAGGAGUUGAGAGAAAAAGGGUUCUUAGGGAUGAGGAAGACGAAGUUGGUGUGUACCAUAGGACCGGCGUGUUGCUCAUUGGAGGAUUUGGAGAGAUUGGCUAGAGGAGGGAUGAAUGUGGCUAGGCUUAAUAUGUGUCAUAACACGAAAGAGUGGCACAGAGAUGUUAUUAAGAAGAUCAAGAGGUUAAAUGAGGAAAAGGGGUUUUGUGUUUCAGUGAUGAUUGAUACUGAAGGAAGCCAGAUUCAUGUGGUUGAUCAUGGAGCUCCCUCCUCUCUCAAAGCAGAGGAAGGUUCAGUUUGGGUAUUUACAGCCCAAAAAUUUGAAGGUUCACUUCCAUUUACCAUUCGAGCAAACUAUGAAGGGUUCUCUGAAGGCAUUAUGGUAGGCGAUGAACUGAUUAUUGAUGGAGGAAUGGCGAGCUUUCAAGUUGUUGAAAGGAUGGGAAAUGAUUUGCGUUGUAAGUGCACAGAUCCUGGUCUACUCCUACCCCGAGCCAAAUUGAGCUUCUGGAGGGAUGGGAAGCUUUCCCAUCAAGGUCUCCCAACUAUAUCAGAAAAGGACUGGGCAGAUAUUGAUUUUGGAAUUUCUGAAGGUGUCGAUUUUGUUGCUGUGUCAUUUGUUAAUGAUGCCGAGCCUAUCAAGCAUCUGAAGAACCAUAUCUCAACCAAGGCAUCAAGAUCAAUAAGAGUAUUGGCAAAGAUUGAGAGCUUGGAGUCUCUUCGGAAACUGGAAGAGAUUGUAGAGGCUUCUGAUGGAAUUAUGGUGGCUCGUGGUGACCUUGGAGUAGAAGUUCCUCUUGAACAGAUUCCAGCAGUCCAAGAGGAGAUAACCCGUAUUUGCAGGCAGCUGAACAAGCCAGUGAUUAUAGCUUCUCAACUUCUUGAGUCGAUGGUUGAAUAUCCAACCCCAACGCGUGCAGAGGUUGCAGAUGUAUCUGAAGCAGUUAGGCAAUCUGCUGAUGCAAUGAUGUUGUCUGGUGAGUCAGCUAUUGGAUCAUAUGGAGAGAAAGCUCUUUCUGUCUUGCGGAUGGUCAGCAAUCGAAUGGAACUACAGUGUCACGAGGAAAACCGUCAAAAUGCUCUCCAUCAGCCUUGUCUUGGAGUUUCAUUGCCUGAUCGUAUAUCUGAAGAGAUAUGCAAUUCUGCUGUAGAAAUGGCUAACAACCUUGGUAUAGAUGCUAUCUUUGUCUACACAAAGCAUGGAGAGAUGGCAUCACUCCUUUCUCGCAACCGUCCAAACCCUCCUAUAUUUGCAUUUACAGAUGACAAUGAUGCUCGUAUGGCAUUGAAUUUGCAGUGGGGAGUUAUCCCCAUCCUUGUAGAUUUGUCAGAUGACAUGGAAUCCAACAUAUCCAAAACCACUGAUCUUAUAAAAUCUAAAGGCAUGAUGAAAGAUGGAAGCUCUGUCUUGAUAGUCUCAGAUCUCACUCCAUCUUGUGCAACCCGAACUGCCUUCCAGUCAAUCCAGGUGAAGACCAUUGUGUAGGGAAAUGCUUAUCUGAAAAUGUUCGCUUCUCAAAGAAACUAGGGAGGGUAAAGCAAAUGCAGAAACUUUCCAAGUCCGCGAUGAAAAUGAACUCCUGUUUGCCUUUUUCAUGUAUCUUCAAAUUGUCAAAUGCAAGGACAGUCUCUCUAUGUUGCAUUGCCAGCAAAAAUUUGUCUAGCUUAGCCACAGAAUGUUGAUCCAGACUUUACAGAUCGUUUGUUUAUUUGCAUUUAUUUUUCCAUGAACGUUCAAAUUUUGGCUUUUUUUCA